CUACCAUCAUGAACACUAAGAUUGUGCUUUUGUUGGCGUUUGUGGUCCUGGCUGUUGCUGACAAGAGACCAUCCUUCUCCUAUGGACCACCCCAGGAGUCCAGUGACUCUGAGGAAUUCUCAGCAGAGUCCAGCGAGGCCAAGUACGACUUCAACUGGUCCGUGAAGGACGAUGACUCUGACAACGACUUCGGUCACCAGGAGUCUCGCGAUGGUGACAACACUAAGGGGUCGUACUACGUACAGCUUCCCGAUGGUCGUCUGCAGAAGGUGACUUACUACGUGGACGGUGACUCAGGCUACGUGGCUGAGGUGACCUACGAGGGAGAGGCUCAGUACCCCGAGUCUGAAGAGUCCAGGGAGUACAGCCCACCAAGACCCCGCUACUCAGCUCCGGACUCCGAUGAGUCUAAUGAAUCAAAAUAAACGACUCACAUUUCCAAAUUACCGUGAGAGAUGAGUCUGAGUUCUUCACAGAGCUGAGAAUGUCAUCUCCAGCGAUCAAGACUUGACCAAGUGUAAAUAAUUGACUCCAUUAUCUUCAGCAUUCCUUCACUCAAGUCCGUAUCAACUGUCUUGUAUCAACAAGCAAACUUUUCCUUCCUCCGAUGAUAAUUACCUCCCAUUCUCCAGGCACUAUGUGUGCCCUACGGGUUUUAAACUACUCUUUAUUAUCAUAAUAAUCUCACCUCAACAUGUUUACCAC